AUGGCCGCCGUUGCGGAUGCUCUAACAACGUAUGCACACCACUGUGAUUCAAACUUCAAUAUUGCUGAAAUUAAUGUGAAUUCGCUAAAUAGUGGAAUUCUUGAAUCCACGCCGACUCCACCGACGCCUUCCACACCCCCUGGCUCUCCGACCGCUUUCUACUCCGGCGGCACCACCUCCGUCGUCUCCGAGCCCCUCCACUUCCGCCACCUCCAGGAGAAGACUCUCCGCUUCUUCCCCCUCUCCUCCGGCAAGAAGAACUGCUACUCCAUCCCCACCCCCUCCCCCGCCCGCUUCUACCUCCGCACCUUCACCGUCUACGACAACUUCGCCGGCUCCUCCCACUCUCCUUCCUUCGAUGUUUCCGUCGAGGGCACUCUCGUCUUUUCCUUCCGCUCCCCCUGGCCCCUCUCCGUCUCCCGCUCCGGCGCCUACUCCGACCUCUUCUUCCACCACUCCGACUCCACCGCCGACCUCUGCUUCUGCAGCGUCGCCACCGAUUCCCCCCUCGUUUCGUCAAUUGAGCUCACGAGAAUCGACGACAAUGCCUAUCCUUUCAAUUACGACAGGAAUUCGAGUAAUUACAUUCUGAUUAACUACGACCGAUUCUCCUCCGGCUCCGAUCAAUGGGGCCCCGGAUUCACCAACGACAGCGACGUGUUUGGCCGCUCCUGGCUGUCGGAAUCCGAAUUCAUGCUGAAAUCGAUUGACGUCAGCGUGACGAGGGCGGGGCAGAGGGUUUUCGAUGUGUUGGUGAAUGGGGAGACUGUGAAGAGGGUGGAUGUUUACAAGGAGGUUGGGGGUUUCGCAGCUUACGAUUUCAGCUUCGUAGUUAGGAAUUUGAGUGCUACUGCGUUGACUGUGAGGCUUGAGCCCGUGGCCGGAGCUCCUGUCAUUUGUGGUUUGGAGAAUUAUGCCAUUGUGCCUGUUGAUCUCCGGACUGCGCCUGAUCAGGGGAAGAUUAAGAUUAUUGGUGGCAGUUUGAACAACAAUUGA